AUGGGCGCGCGCGCCUCUGGCGGACCCCGGGCCCGGGCCGGGCUCCUGGUGCUGCUGUUGCUCGGGCUGCUCGCGCCGGGAGCGCGGGGCGCGCGGGGCCGCGGCGGCACCGAGAAGAACAGCUACCGCCGCACCGCCAACACCUUCUCGCAGAGCGUCAGCAGCCUGUUCGGCGAGGACAACGUGCGAGCCGCUCAGAAGUUCUUGACCAGGUUGACCGAGAGAUUCGUGCUUGGCGUGGAUAUGUUUGUGGAAACAGUGUGGAAAGUUUGGAUGGAGCUCUUGGAUGUUCUUGGACUUGACGUCUCCAACCUGUCCCAGUAUUUCAGUCCAGCCUCCGUGGCCAGUAGCCCAGUCCGUGCCCUCCUGCUCGUCGGCGUUGUCCUCCUGGCCUACUGGUUCUUGUCUCUAACCCUGGGCUUCACCUUCAGCAUCCUGCACGUGGUAUUCGGCCGCUUCUUCUGGGUUGCUCGGGUCGUCCUGUUUUCCAUGUCCUGUGUGUACAUCCUGCACAAGUACGAGGGGGAGCCGGAGAAUGCCGUCCUACCCCUCUGCUUCGUGGUGGCCAUCUACUUCAUGACCGGGCCCAUGGGCUUUUACUGGCGCAGCAAUCCCAGCAGCCCCAGCGUGGAGGAGAAGCUGGAACACCUGGAGAACCAGGUCAGACUGCUGAACAUCCGUCUCAACAGAGUGCUAGAGAGUCUGGACCGCUCCAACGGCAAGUGACAAUCAGCCAGCCGGCCGGGUCCCCUCAUACCAGCGCCCUCUCUCAGAAAACAAAAGAGAAGAAGAAAAAAAAGAACACCAAACCCUAAACAAUCUUAAUAAACGUUCCUGAGCAAGAGA